AUGACAGUAAUCGAAGAGACGGAAAGAGAACUACUCAGUAAACUUUUCGAACUUGAGGGUCUGGGAAUCACCUCCGACGAAUAUGCAGGGAACAACAACUUUCUUGAAUACUACAAAAAAUACUCCGACCAAGUUUCAUUCGAGAAUGGAUACGUCACAGCUCCAUACCCCUUGAAAAGCACUGUGCAAAAUCUGGCAGACAACUACGGUACAGCCUUGAAACGGUUGAUGAAUCUUUACACUCAUUUAGGAAAAAGCAAUAUUCAAAAGGAGUGGAGCAAAACACUCAAUCAGUAUGAGGACGACGACGUCAUCGAACGAGUGGAAGGUAAGGCUCCUGGCUCCGUUGGGGUGUACUAUAUGCCCCACUCAGGCAUGUGGAGACCCCACAAGCCAAAACCAUUGCGUGUCAUAUUUGACGCCCCCUCGAAACGCAAAGGACAACUCUCCCUCAACGACGUCACCUACAAAGGAGAAUCACUCGUGAGUAAGAUUCAUGACAUUCUCAUAGCAAGUAGAACAUGCAAGAUCAUACUGGUGUGUGAUAUCGAAGCAGCCUUCACUCAAAUAAGAUUGAAAGAAAGUCAUAAAGACCUUUGUAGGUUUCUCUGGCUCAAAGAUGCUAGCAAACCCCCUACUCAAGACAACAUCAUAGAAUACCGAUUCAAGAGAACCCUUUCGGAGCGAAGCCGUCGCCCAGCAUUCUGA